CUUCACGGCACUAUGCAGAAAACAGAAGGGUUUAUAUUUGAUAGGAUUGUUGAAGCGCUUAUGUGGUCGCUACCCGAAGAGUAUGAAGUGUGUAGAUUCAAGAAGUAGAAGUACAGCGUUGAGGGUGAAUUGAUAAUUCUGCUACUAAUCAAUCCCCUUUUUGAUCUGUUUGGAAAGUGGUUCCUUCGUUUAAAAUGGUGAUCAUGAUCCCUUUUCUCUUGAAAACAAUGUAACAGAAAUAGAGGUGAUGGCUGAAGAUAACGAUCCUGUGAUUCUUGCGAAUGAAAAUGAAGUUGAAAAAACUAAAGUGUCUGGAAGAGAACCUGUAAUGAAGCCUGAAAAAGUAAAAUCAAGGUGGCGCCGUAGUAGUGAAAUGGAAUGUUCAGAAAGGAAAGAAUAUUCUCCGGAAAAGCAAUCCCAAAAUUCUGUCAGUGCUGAAAAGUUUAAUCCUGAAUCGAACAACAUUGAAGAAACCAUACCAAUUUAUGAAUUUAUCAAAGAAAAUGUGUACACUUUUAAAAGAAAGCUCACAAAAAAGCAAAAGGAAGUGCGUCGAAUGCUGUGUGAUUGUAGUUUAACCGAAGAAGAAAAAGAAAACGGCAUAAUGGGGUGCCAGGAUGAAUGCUUAAAUAGACUUCUAAUGAUAGAAUGUGGAUCACGUUGUGAAACUGGUGAUGCUUGUUCAAAUAAAAGAUUUCAAAAGAGACUUUAUGCAAAAGUUGAACCAUUUAAAACUGAUAAAAAAGGAUGGGGCUUGAGAUUGCUAGAAGAUAUUCCUAGAGGCACUUUUGUUAUUGAAUAUGUUGGAGAAGUUUUGAGUAGGCAUGGAUUUAAGCAAAGGGUGAAAGAGUAUGCACGAGAGAAGUCUAAUCAUUAUUAUUUUAUGGCCUUGAAAAGUGAUGAAAUCAUCGAUGCCACAAAAAAAGGAAAUUUGUCACGUUUCAUGAAUCACAGUUGUAAUCCAAAUUGUGAAACUCAAAAAUGGACUUGUAAUGGUGAACUUCGCAUAGGUUUCUUUGCUAAAACAGAUUUGAAAGCUUCAUCAGAGCUUACUUUUGACUACCAAUUUGAACGAUAUGGGAGACAAGCUCAAAAUUGUUUUUGUGGGAGUGAUUCUUGUACAGGGUACAUUGGUUUGACAAAUGAAAUUACUGUUGAUGUAAAUACCAAUAAAAAUUUUACUAAGAAGAAAAGAUUAGAGGAAAAGAAACGAGAAACAUUCAAAGAUUUAAUGUUAGAAGAAGAAAUUCAGAAACUGUGUGACAAUGGAGGAUUACGAAAUAAAGAUGAUGUUCUUCUUCUGUCACGGUUAAUGGUGCGAGCAGAAGACGAAGACUUCCAUUCCCGUGUAAAACUUUUGGAUGUAAUUUUGGGAACGUCUGAAGUUGCUUGCCUUCGACUAUUUUUAGAUUAUCAUGGACUGUCUCUAUUAUGGAGCUGGAUGGCAUAUCUGACAAAUCCAGAAUUAAGAGCCAAGAUUUUAGAGGUUUUAACUAUACUUCCAGUGCCAAACAAAACCUCACUGUCGGAGAGUAAGGUGCUAAGUGUUGUAGAAAAAUGGGCAUCGCCAUCAGUCAUUGAUGAUAGUGCUGGAGAUGCUGAGGGUUCUACAGAAACUGCAAGUGAUUCAGACUUGAAUACUGAAGCAAAGAAAUUGAAAACCUGUGAUACAUCUGAUAGUGAGACUGAGAAAGAUGUUUCUGUUCAGUGUUUAGAAUCAUCUGCUGCCUUACCUAGUUCUGAAAAAGAUAAAAUUGAAACUAUCUGUGAUUAUACUCCAAAACAUUCAUCAGAAACUCAUGAAACUAAUGCAAAUUUAUGUCCAGGUAUUAGUGAAAAUAGUGUAAAUAACCUCAAAGCCCCAGAUGUGAUUCCUCGAUCAGAUGAAGAAAGUGCUGACACACCUGAUGAAGAAAGCAGCAAAUUUACUAAAAAUAGUGAAGUAGCUGUGAUGGCUCAAAAUUUGAUAAGUCUAUGGAAGCAUUUGAAGGAAGACUUUCGAAUACCACGUCUGGAGCAACAGUCAGAUUCUCUUACAUUUGUACCAAAGAAAAAUAUAUCUCCUGGGAAGAUAAAUUGCAUUCCAACUGUUGACUCAUUUCGACAAAAUAACUCGAAGUGUCAUACAACCAAAGACAGUUAUCACUCGGGAAGGACAAGGAAUAAAGAAUGUUUUAAUGAUGACUGGAAACGAUCACAUGGCAAGAAUCACAAAAGGUCAUUUAAUCGAGCAAUAUUGCCAUCCAAAGCAGAAAGGCGCAUGCAGUUUGCAAUGCAAAUUCAUUUGAAAGAUGAAGAAUUAUCAAGGAAACAGAACGUAGAAAAUCAUAGCUAUAAUGAUGUUGAUGAAAAUUACUUGAAUGAAAAUUGUACAUACAAUUCAGAAAAUGUAAAUUAUAGCUUUCCGGCACCAGAUAUGUUUUACAGUCAAAAACCUCUGCAGUCAACUCGUCCAGCUUUGUUACCGACACCAGGAACUGAACCAGUUUUUGCUCGACAAGCUCUUCCUUCUGAAACUACUGGCAAUGUUUAUACUCCUAAUCUUGUUUACCAUCAACAGACGCAGGUGCCUUUUCUUUCUGUGCCACCUCCAAUACCCCAACAAACUCAUGUUGUGCAUUGUCCGAACAACCACGUAGUAGCUGCUCCAAAUUUCAUCAGUGUACCAAAUAACUCCACACCUAUAGUGCCUGCAAUGACAAAUCUAGCAACAGAUAUGUCCACAUCCUCUAGUGCAAUUUUGCACCCUUCAUUGUAUAAUGCUCCACAAAAUUCAAUUUAUUUAUCCACUACAUCACAAGUGCCCCCAUCUACAGUGAAUACUCCUUUUGUACCCAACCAAACUCAAUUUCUUACUGAUCAGAAAGCAAUAUAUUAUAUGGAAUCACAAUACUCAGGACCACAGUCUACAGAUCAGCAACUGUAUACUGCAGAAGUAGUCAAUGACAAAAUUGAAUCUCAGGAUACACCCGCUAAACUUCCUGUAAAGCUUCCUCCACAAUGGAGGACUGCUACUGAUGAUGAUGGAAAUAUGUACUAUUAUCACACCCAAACAAGGCAAACACAAUGGGAACCUCCUGAUUCUAAUGACACUGAAGACGUAGAUAGUGAGACUCCUACAUAUGAUGAACCAAAAGAGCGUAAACAUGCAACUCAUUCACGUAGGUCCCACAAAAAGCAUACCAAAAAGAAGAGUACAACUACUGCGGCUGCUGAUACUAGUGGGAAUCCUGUCUCAUUAGAAGUUGCAAAAAAAAUUAGAGAAUUAUUUCGAACAAAGAUGUCUGCAUUUGUUAUUCAAUGUUUAAAUCCAUAUCGAAGAGAUGAUUGCCAGAUUGCACGAAUCACAAACAAUGAAGAUUUCAAACAUUUGGCAAGAAAGCUGACUCAUUUUGUAAUGGCUAAAGAACUAAAGCAUUGUAAAAGUGUGGAGGAUUUGGAUUGCAAUGAUAAUGUGAAGCACAAAGCCAGAGAUUACAUAUAUAAAUACAUGGCAAAAUAUGGUAAAGUGUAUCGAAAAGAAAAAGGUGAAAUUUUUGGAAAUAUAUGA